AUGAUGCACAAUGAGAAUGAGCAGCCAGGGCUAGAAGUUGACAGGGCGAAAGAUACUCUAGAGGCUGACCGGACGAAAGGAGCUUUAUACGCAACCUUUUCAGCCAACAAGGACAAUAACCGCCUCGAAGACCUGAGUUACAAGGAUGUGCCGAAUACUGGUGGCAAACGCAAGUUGUGGAAUAAUCCCUUCGGCCUCCGACCAUUUUGGUUCGGUGUGCUUACUGCUAUCGUUACGAUGAUUGUUGUUGGCGCCGCCAUUGGCGGUGGCGUAGGUGCAGCAUUGGCCGAUUCAUCAUCUAAAUGCCCGUCCGGAUCGCAGAGCGCCUCGCCCUCAGAGCCAGAUGGUGUUAGAAUGACCGGAGCCACAUCAGCUUCUUCCAUCUCAGCGACGAUAGACGUAACACCAACGACAGCGACGGCGACAACGACGACCGGAGACUAUAUACCACUAGCACCCUCGGAGGUCAAGCUCCUGCAACAUCCUUGCCCCACAGAAAACUACCUCUACCAGAUAAAUGACGACCCGUUUCCUGUCCAAACGUUCAAGUGGCAGUGUGAAACUGCUUUCCUCGGUAAUGACAGGGGGGAUGUGGGAAUAACUAUAAUGCAGCUCUCGGCUUACACCGCAGAGCAGUGCGUCGAAGCCUGCGGCGGACUAAAUGUUUGGCGCAAUGAGCAGAUCUGUUCUGCUGUUACCUUUCAAGCAUCAAUGUCCUCCGAAUACAACGUGGGUAGAGGCAACUGCUGGCUGUUCAAUGGGACGGACGCUACAUGGGAUGACCCGGGUGCAAAGACUUGCAUAAGUGCGUACAUGUAA